CCCCUCCCGCAAAGGAAGUGAGAGGGGCUAUUGCAAGAGGAACUACAGGGCUGGGAGUCCAGUGCGAGUCGAGCGGGCCAUGUCCAAGCCGCCCCCCAGAGCCCCGUGAGCCUGCAACUCCACCACGACCCAUUUGGACCCUCUAGGGUCCAGGCGACAGCCCCCACCAUGGGCAGCAAGGAGCGCUUCCACUGGCAGAGCCACAACGUGAAGCAGAGCGGCGUGGACGACAUGGUGCUGCUGCCGCAGAUCACCGAGGACGCCAUCGUGAGCAACCUCCGCAAGCGCUUCAUGGACGACUACAUCUUCACCUACAUCGGCUCUGUGCUCAUCUCCGUAAACCCCUUCAAGCAGAUGCCCUACUUCACUGACCGUGAGAUCGACCUCUACCAGGGCGCGGCCCAAUACGAGAACCCCCCCCACAUCUACGCCCUCACGGAUAACAUGUACCGGAACAUGCUCAUCGACUGUGAGAACCAGUGCGUCAUCAUCAGUGGAGAGAGCGGGGCAGGGAAGACGGUGGCCGCCAAAUACAUCAUGGGCUACAUCUCCAAGGUGUCCGGAGGGGGCGAGAAGGUCCAGAACGUGAAGGACGUCAUCCUGCAGUCCAACCCGCUGCUGGAGGCCUUCGGAAACGCCAAGACCGUGCGCAACAACAACUCCAGCCGCUUCGGCAAGUACUUUGAGAUCCAGUUCAGCCGCGGUGGGGAGCCAGAUGGGGGCAAGAUCUCCAACUUCUUGUUGGAGAAAUCGCGCGUGGUCAUGCAGAACGAAAACGAGAGGAACUUCCACAUCUAUUACCAGCUGCUAGAAGGGGCAUCGCAGGAGCAGCGGCAGAACCUGGGGCUCAUGACCCCCGACUACUAUUACUACCUCAACCAGUCGGACACCUACAAGGUAGACGGCACUGACGACAGGAGCGACUUCCAGGAGACACUGAGCGCCAUGCAGGUCAUCGGGAUCCCGCCCAACGUCCAGCAGCUGGUCCUGCAGCUCGUGGCAGGGAUCUUGCACUUGGGAAACAUCAGCUUCCGCGAAGACGGGAACUACGCCCGGGUGGAGAAUGCGGACCUGCUGGCGUUUCCCGCCUACCUGCUGGGCAUUGACAGCGGGCGGCUGCAGGAGAAGCUGACCAGCCGCAAGAUGGACAGCCGCUGGGGCGGCCGCAGCGAGUCCAUCGACGUGACCCUCAAUGUGGAGCAGGCGGCCUACACCCGGGAUGCCCUGGCCAAGGGCCUCUAUGCCCGUCUAUUUGACUUCCUGGUGGAGGCCAUCAACCGCGCCAUGCAGAAGCCCCAGGAUGAAUACAGUAUCGGGGUUCUUGACAUCUAUGGCUUUGAGAUCUUCCAGAAAAACGGCUUUGAGCAGUUCUGCAUCAACUUUGUCAACGAGAAGCUGCAGCAGAUCUUUAUCGAACUCACCCUGAAAGCAGAGCAGGAGGAGUACGUGCAGGAAGGCAUCCGCUGGACCCCCAUCCAGUUCUUCAACAACAAAAUUGUCUGUGAUCUCAUAGAAAACAAGCUGAACCCCCCGGGCAUCAUGAGCGUGCUGGACGACGUGUGCGCCACCAUGCACGCCACGGGCGGCGGGGCUGACCAGACGCUGCUGCAGAAGCUGCAGGCGGCUGUGGGCACCCACGAGCACUUCAACAGCUGGAGCUCCGGUUUCAUCAUCCACCACUACGCUGGCAAGGUAUCCUACGACGUCAAUGGCUUCUGUGAGCGCAACAGGGAUGUCCUCUUCUCCGACCUCAUAGAACUGAUGCAGUCCAGUGAGCAGGUCUUCCUCCACAUGCUCUUCCCCGAGAAGCUGGAUGGGGACAAGAAGGGCCGCCCCAGCACCGCGGGCUCCAAGAUCAAGAAACAAGCCAAUGACCUGGUGGCCACGCUGAAGAAAUGCACGCCCCACUAUAUCCGCUGCAUCAAGCCCAACGAGACCAAGAAGCCCCGAGACUGGGAGGAGAGCAGGGUCAAGCACCAGGUCGAGUACCUGGGCCUGAAGGAGAACAUCAGGGUGCGCCGCGCGGGGUUCGCCUACCGCCGUCAGUUCUCCAAGUUCUUGCAAAGGUAUGCCAUCCUGACCCCCGAGACGUGGCCGCACUGGCGUGGCGACGAGCGCCAAGGGGUCCAGCACCUGCUCCGGGCGGUGAACAUGGAACCGGACCAGUACCAGAUGGGGAGCAGCAAGGUCUUCGUCAAGAACCCUGAGUCGCUCUUCCUUCUGGAGGAGAUGCGAGAGCGCAAGUUCGACGGCUUCGCGCGCACCAUCCAGAAGGCCUGGCGGCGCCAUGUGGCGGUCCGGAAGUACGAGGAGAUGCGGGAGGAAGCUUCCAACAUCCUGCUUAACAAAAAGGAGCGGAGGCGGAACAGCAUCAAUCGGAACUUUGUCGGGGACUACCUGGGCCUGGAGGAGCGGCCCGAGCUGCGUCAGUUCCUGGGCAAGAGGGAGCGGGUGGACUUCGCCGACUCGGUUACCAAGUAUGACCGGCGCUUCAAGUCCAUCAAGAGGGACUUGAUCCUGACCCCCAAAUGUGUGUAUGUGAUCGGGCGGGAGAAGGUGAAGAAGGGACCCGAAAAGGGCCAGGUGCGUGAGAUCCUGAAGAAGAAAGUGGAGAUCCAGGCCCUGCGGGGUGUGUCCCUCAGCACGCGGCAGGACGACUUCUUCAUCCUCCAAGAAGACGCGGCCGACAGCUUGCUGGAGAGCGUCUUCAAGACCGAGUUCGUCAGCCUCUUGUGCAAGCGCUUCGAGGAGUCGGUCCGGAGGCCCCUGCCCCUCACCUUCAGUGACAUACUACAGUUCCGGGUGAAGAAGGAGGGCUGGGGCGGAGGUGGCACCCGCAGUGUGGCUUUCGCCCGCGGCUCUGGCGAGGUGGCCGUGCUCAAGGCCAGCGGCCGCACCCUCACGGUCAGCGUGGGUGACGGGCUGCCCAAGAGCUCCAAGCCGACUCGGAAGGGGGUGGCCCAGGGAAAACCUCGAAGAUCGACCCAGGCCCCGUGCCGGGCAGCCCCCACGGCCCCCAGAGGCCUGGACCGAAACGGAGUGCCCCCUUCUGUCAAGAGGGGUCCCCUGCCUAUGGAGAUCACAUCUGGAGGGGUUUCCCACCGGCCUCCACAGGGCCCUCCAUCCUCAGCCUUGGGGGCCAGCAGACGCCACCGGGCACGGCCCCCCUCGGAGCACAACACAGAAUUCCUCAAUGUGCCUGACCAGGGUGUAGCUGGCUUGCAGAGGAAGCGCAGUAUGGGGCAGCGCCCCGUGCCCCCUGCGGGCCGACCCAAGCCCCAGCCGCGAGCACAUGGCCCACGGUGCCGGGCCCUGUACCAGUAUGUGGGCCAGGAUGUGGACGAGCUCAGCUUCAAUGUGAACGAGGUCAUCGAGAUCCUCCUGGAAGAUCCCUCGGGCUGGUGGAAAGGCCGGCUGCAUGGCCAGGAAGGCCUCUUCCCGGGGAACUAUGUGGAGAAGAUCUGAGAAGGGGCACCUGGAGGCCUGCCGCCCACCUGCCUGCCGCCACCUGGGCAGGCCUGCUGCUGGUCUCAUUUUCCUUGGCUCGGUUGUCCAAACGGCUCCAUCCUGCGGCUUCCAGUCCAGCCGGCCCAUGUCCUGGGUCUGGCGUCAGCACUGCAGCCGUCCGGAGAUGCCGGCCUCCCCGUCACACUCUCUGCCCGCGUCCCUGUCUCCUCCUGUGCCAGGCGGGCUAACAGCAGAACCUACCUCCCAGCUACCUUGCAAAUGCUGAAAGAGGCCAUCCUGUGGGGAAAGUGCAGACACAGUUGGGGGAUGGGGCUUAACAAGUAUGACUUCCCUCCUCGCAACACUGAGGCAAUAAAAGCUUGACAGGCGAAAGCAUGAAUGACUUCCUGAAUGCCAACUGGAAGGCCCACCUCUCCCACCUUGUGAGGGAGGAGCAGAAGCAUCCGUGUUGCAGGUGCAAAAUGGAGGCUCAGAGACAUUCAGCCUCUUGCCCGAGACCCCACGGCGCCCGCGCCUCUCCCAGAGCUGCAGCUGGCCAGCCAGGACCAGCUCCUGUGGAAGAUGGCCCAGUGGUUCCUGUCAGCUUUGAA